GGAGGCAUUUGGGUGUAGUCUAGUGCGGCUGCAGUAGCGUGCGUUUUGUGAUGUGGCAUCGAAGAAGGAAUCCGCACGCUGUUUAUGCAGAUAAUCGGAGAGGAGCUGGCUGGCUUCAGCUGCCGAUGUUUAGAAGACUAGUCGGCAUGUUCUGCCUCCAGUGUGCAAGGAACGGAAAGAAAGAAGAUGUCGUUUACGCUAUGGAGAUCAAAGAUGACGCUGACAUUGUACAUGCAUUCGAAAAGGAAUACCAAGUCCUGAAACUACACCUUUGUUCGGACCUUAAGGAAGAGGAAGAAGAUGUUCCUCUGUGUGCAACAGAGGCGCAGAGGGCGUUGUCGCCGCUUCCUGCAGAGGGCGUCAGCGCACAGCGCCGACCGUUGCUCGAGAACACGGAGCUGGAGGACCAGGUCGUUGGAACGGUUGGUGAUGCAACGCUAAUCUUGACGGUCGCCAGUGUCCACGCCGAACCACAGAGUGACUGUUGGAGUGAGGAGGAAGGCCACGCCUGCGGAUCGUCGCUUAAGUUGCUACCGGCACUGCCGGGCCGAGAGGCUGGCCGGCAAAGUGAGCGAACCACCGCUCACUUGCCAGCGCUGCCGACCAUCUAACAAAUAAAAGCCUUUCAAACUUCAGCUGAUCAGUCAUUUGGCCGUACAGCUGCAAGAAUGUUAGUUGACGAAACGAAGGCUGAGUCCCUCUAUUAUUUGCCCUGAAGUGUCUCGAACUAGUUCAGUGAAUUACAGAAUGUCCCUUCUGAGGUUAGUUGCAAGCAGUAAAUAGCUCACAGAGUCCGAAGAGCAGUAUAACGUCCUUGUAGAUGAGUUGGCGCCUCGUCAACACAUACUAUUAGAAGUAGUUGCCCAAAGUAACGAGAUAAUGUGCUCAUCCUAUAUUUACGUCAAGAUUCCUAGUUUUUAACAGCGAUUUUCAUAAACUGUAUAAAUUAUCGCAAAUACGUAUCAGGGUCACUCCAAAAGAAAAGCAGAUUUCUUUUUAAUAUUAAUUUUAUUUUCUGUAUCUUUGAUAUUUUUAUACAGCAUGCUCUGGAGGAACUUCCUUAUUUUUAAAAAUCAAUAAACAGAAAAUAUAGUAGA